AUGAAGGCUAGCAUUGUUUCUCUCGCUGCAGCUCUCACGUUGGGUGCAUCCCCUGUUUUUGGUGCCCCAUCAACGACCGAGCAAAGCGACAGUAUUACUCCCAUCACCGUCAAGGGCAAUGCCUUCUUCAAGGGCGAUGAACGCUUUUACAUUCGCGGUGUCGACUACCAGCCCGGUGGUUCUUCCAAGUUGACUGAUCCCAUUGCUGAUGUCGAUGGUUGCAAGCGCGACAUCAAGAAGUUCACGGACCUUGGCCUCAACACUGUUCGUGUCUACUCUGUAGAUAACUCGCAGGACCACGAUGAGUGCAUGCAGGCACUGGCCGAUGCUGGCAUCUACCUGGUGCUUGAUGUCAACACACCCAAGUAUGCGAUCAACCGUGCCAGCCCCGAGAAAUCAUACAACGACGUGUACCUCCAGUACAUCUUUGCAACGGUAGAGAUGUUCGCCAAGUACGAUAACACCCUGGCUUUCUUCUCUGGAAACGAGGUUGUCAAUGAUGGGGCCUCAUCUUCGGCUGCUCCGUAUGUGAAGGCCGUCACUCGUGACAUUCGCUCGUUCCUGCGUGCUCGCAAGCUCCGUCACGUCCCCGUCGGAUAUUCUGCUGCCGACAUUGAUACCAACCGGCUCGAGAUGGCCGAGUACAUGAAUUGCGGUACCGAUGAUGAGCGUAGCGACUUCUUCGCCUUCAAUGACUACUCUUGGUGCGAUCCAUCUUCUUUCACUGUUUCCGGGUGGGACCAGAAGGUCAAGAACUUCACCGGCUACGGGCUCCCCCUCUUCCUUUCCGAAUACGGCUGCAACACAAACACCCGCAAGUUCGAAGAGGUCAGCUCUCUCUACUCGACUGACAUGACCGGUGUCUACUCCGGUGGCUUGGUCUACGAGUACGCCGAAGGAGGCAACAAAUACGGCUUGGUUAAGAUUGACGGAGAUAACGUGAAGGAGCUCCCGGACUACACUGCCCUCAGGACUGCAUUUUCCAAGACAGCAAACCCCAAGGGCGACGGAGACUACAACAGCACUGGCGGUGCCAAUGGAUGCCCCGCAAAGAACGCCCCCAAUUGGAAUGUUGACAGUGAUGCCCUUCCUGCCAUGCCUGCGCCUGCCAAGAAGUACUUGACUGAGGGUGCUGGCAAGGGUACGGGCUUUGAAGGCAGCGGUAGCAUGGAUGCUGGAACUGAGUCUACCACCACCGCCACUCCAGGAUCUGGCUCGGUCAGUGCCAGCACCUCGAGUAGCACUAGCACCAGCUCCAAGGGUGCUGCUGCGGGUCUUCAGCCUCCCCACCUCGCCAUGGCACCCAUUGCUGUUGGCUUGGUGACUGCCAUCUCCGCCCUUUUCGGCGCCAGCAUCAUUCUUCUGUGA